ACCGCCCAGGACGGUCGUGUUGUUGGUACGUUCCUCUCUCACACCGACACAUUAAACGCACGUUAAAGAAUAACACACACACACACACACACACGUACAAAUAGUUUCGAUAUUUGGCGUUUCAUCGGCGACGCUCACCCUCAGACACAUCGUGAUCUCCUCAAAACAACAAAAACACAUACGCAUCAAUCGGUUCUCAUCUUUUAAAAGUUGUUGUUGUGUAUCCUCGGAAUACAGUGUUAUCAACAGUGUCAUUCUCUCAACUUUCGUUCACAAUUUUUUUUUUUUUUUUUUUCUUUUCGCCACACCUCAAUUGUCUAAAUAAUCAAGUGAAAAGCAUCGACAAUUUUGAAAUAUCUGAAGAAGACAUUCACCACUAGUGCGCUCGUGUGUGUCAUCGAGUGCAAAACAAGUUUCGUUCCAGGUGACCCACCUUGGCGAGUUCCAAAUUUAAAAAAAAAAAAAAAAAAAAAAAAAAAAUCAAUCAAUCAAUCAAUAAAUAAAGAAAGAAAGAAAGAAAGAAAAAGAAAAAAAAAAAAAGGUUGCAAAUAAAAUCGGCAACCCUGGAGUCGCCGUCGCCUCAUCAAAUCCGGCGGAGUUCGCCGCCUCCGCCGCCGCCGUCCAGUUCGGCCAACAGUUUCAUCAACAGCCAUUUCAGCAGCGGCGAUUACAACAACAUGUCGUCGACGACGCCCAACUCGGUGGUCGGCAGAGCAGAUUGCGAUCAACAGGAGUCGGCGGCCGGCCAGGCGGCCAAUUCGCAACAACAAGCUGCCGCCGCGGCGGCCGCCGUCAACGCCUCCAAAAACGCCUUCCUCGAGCUGCAACAGGCGCACCAGCACCUGGCCAGCCAGGCCGGCAUCGGUCCGCCACCGUCUCACAUGGCGGCCGGUGGGGGCCCGGGCGGAGGCGGCGGCGGUGGCGGCGGGCCGUACGGCAUGAGCCGCAACCCGUACCAGCAAAUGCAACAACAACACGCGUCAGCAAACAGUUUGAGCGUCAACCGCCAGCUCGGCGGCUACCCUUUCUCGCACAUGACGCCGCAAAAUUCCUACGCGGCAGCCGCCGCCGCUGCCGCCGCCGGAUACCACCACCUCAGUCCGUACCCGUCGCAAUGUCCAUCACCUCCGCGAGACGAUUCACUCGACUCGGGAAUCAGAGUCAACGGCAAGGGCAAAAAGAUGCGCAAACCGAGAACGAUCUACUCGUCGCUUCAAUUGCAGCAGCUCAACCGACGAUUUCAACGGACUCAAUACCUCGCCCUGCCCGAACGAGCCGAGCUGGCCGCUUCUUUGGGACUCACUCAAACUCAGGUGAAAAUUUGGUUCCAGAACCGGAGGAGCAAGUACAAGAAGAUGAUGAAAGCGGCGCAACAGGUCGGCGGCGGAGGCGGACUCAACGCCAACAAUUCGGCGUCGACGCCGCAAAUGUCUCCGUCGGAAUCCGAAGGCGGAUCGCCGAGUCCAGAGUGCGGCGACGACGGGAGCCUGGGCGGCGGUUACCUACCGCUGGGCAUGGGCCAGCAGCAGCACCAGCAGCAGCAGCAGCAGCAGCAGCAACAACAGCAAGCGCACCAACAGCAGCAGCAACAGCACCCCGGCGCCAUGAUCAACUACCACCAACAACAGCAACAACACCAAUCGGCCGGGACGCCCGUCAGCGACCUGUCGCCACCUCCGCCGACGCUUCUAGGCGGCGGCACGGGCAGUCCGCCGCUCAGCUCCGCCGGCUCGUGGAUGGACGACACAAAGCCGAGCCUCAUUCAAAUGGGCGAUCCAGCGUCGGCCGUCGGCCUGGCCCACCACCACCACCACGUCCACCACGUCCACCACCAAAACAGUUUGCAGCAGCAGAUGGGCGCCGCGGCGGCGGCGGCGGCUGCAGCCGCCAACUACGGCAUGCCCUACCCUUGGCAAUACGCCGCCACCAUGAACCAAGGUCUACUCACAUGAGAAACUCUUCGCCAUUUGUAAUUCAAAAGUAUUUAGAAAAACAAAAAAAAAACGCAAAAUGUUUUCAACAUUUUUUUUUUGUUUUUUUUUUUUUUGUUGUUGAUUUUGAAAAAGAAAAACAAAAAACAAAACAAGAGGCGCGAAAGAUUUAGGUGAUGAUUUUUUGUUUGUUUAGAUCAACAAUUGUUUUUUUGUUUUGUUUUCAAAAAGCCAAUGAAAAACAAACAAAAAAAAAAAAUAAUUCGAUUGGAAUCGUCGAUAAAUUAUUUAGAAAAUCGUUUGAGAAAUUGAGCAAGAAAUUCCUCCUGUCCUAGAAUUUUCGUCCUUUUUUUUUUUUUCUUAUUCAUUUCGGUUGAUUUUCUACUACCUUCUUCAAUUACUGAUAUACAUACAAAUAUAUUUACUUUACAAUUUCCAUUUUUUUUUUUUUUUUUAACAAGGAAAGAUCCCCCCCCCCUCCCCUCCCCUGUGUGUGCGUGCGUUUGCGUCAUCACUGCGUCCC